AACUUCUGAAGGUAUAAGAAAUGAGUACGCUAGAUGUUGCGAGAACGGAACUUGCUCUACGUGUUUUGUAUUUGAACAAAGCUGAAGCCCGGGACAAGAUAUGCAGGGCAAUACAAUACGGUUCAAAUUUUGUAAGUAAUGGCAAGCCAGGAACUGCCCAAAAUGUUGACAAGUCAACUAGCUUGGCUACGAAAGUUUUCCGUCUUUUUAAGUUUGUCAAUGAUUUGCAUGCUCUUAUCAGUCCAACUGCUCCAGGAACUCCGCUUCCACUUGUUUUACUGGGGAAGUUGAAAAAUGCUUUAUUGUCGACUUUCUUGUUCCUUGACCAAAUUGUUUGGCUCCAUAGAUCAGGCAUCUACAAGAACAAAGAGCGUGCAGAAAUAAUUGGCAGGGUAUCGGCGUAUCGCUCUUCUAAAAAAGGUUAGACUAAGAUGUGGAGUGAAAGUUGAACUUGCCGACAUAGUACAUUGCCAGCCUUAAUCAUGCAUUAGCAUACUGUCAUGAGAGGCAUGUUAUCCAUCGGGAUAUCAAGCCGGAGAACUUGUUGCUUGAUUACGAGGUUAUUUGAUGACAAGGGACACAUAAGUUAUGGUGGAUCUGAAGGCAACAGAGGUGGAUAUGGAAAUCGACGGCCGUGAUGCAAUAGGAUUCCGGCAAGUAUUUAGGUGACCAGAGUAUGACGUUCUACCUUUUCCCAAUGAUAUAUAUAACUUCUGUUUAGAUGUUUAGAUUUUACUUUAUUUGAAAUCUUGGGGCUUCCAUUUUAAUUUUUUCCUAAUUUUAUAAUUUUGGGGGAUACGUAACUUGCAUUUUGUAGGGUGGAUUUUGGUUCAGACUUUGUUUGGUUC